AUAGUCCCAAUUUUGUCCAAGGUCAUUGAGACAGAAAUGAAGGUGCAACUCACAGAAUUUAGAAUUUGAUCAAUUAGUUUGAUCAUUUAGCGUUCUAUAGUUGAUUAUUUAGAAUGUAAUAAAGAUUCAAAUUAGAUUUCUUUAGUAUUCAAAGCCCCGUGUUUGGCUGCACUUUAGUAUAUGGGCCGCGGAAUCCAGCAUUGAGACCUACAUAGAUCGAUAGAGGAGGUCAAGACGGACGGGAUCAACUAUGUAUAACAUUGUUGUCGAUUUCCAAGGAUUAGCUGAAAAAACAUGGCGGAAAGUUCAAAAUUUUUAUAUCAAUUUUUUUUAUGGCUACAAUUUGUUUCAUACUAGUGCAAUCUUAUGUAAAAUUUGACGAGAAAUCCACUGAAACCGGUUUCAGAUUCAUAACUUCAGUAGUUGGGGGCACUUUAAUAUAAAGUAUUUUAAUGAAUUCAAAUUGUGAAUAGUAAAGUUUCUAGAAUUCAAAAUGUAUAGUGAGUGUUGAGGGGUUGAGGGCCCCCGUGUUGAGUAUUCGAAGUGUAAGUGUAACACCUAUUUAGUGUUCAAAGUGUUUUAAUCAACAAUAUUUUUAUAAUAUUCAACCGUAGAUUACUUUUUGUUUAUCAUCCGCAACUCAGCAUUUAGCUUUAUACAACAACAUGCUACAAUGAGUAUGAACUGUUUUAAUUGAACAUGCCUAGAAAUUGUUGUGUCCCUGGGUGUAAAUCGAACUAUUAUAGAAUAACCCCCUUAGUGACAAUAUUUACUUUUCCCAAAGAUGAAGAGCUUAGGAAAAAGUGGACAAGGUGUAUCCGUAGGAAAGAUUAUAAAGUCACUAACAAUUCGGCUGUUUGUAUCAAUCAUUUUAGAGCAUCAGACAUUAUUAAAGAAGACAAGUUUUUGUGUGAAGAUGGUUCUUAUGUGACUGUUCCAAGAAAAAAAGUAAAACUAUGUGAUGGUGCCUUCCCUACAAUUUUUCCAAAUCAGCCUUCUUACAACACAAUUGAAUCGUGUGUAAAGAUCAAGGUCGAGAAGCAGGACGAUGAAUUUGGAGAAAGUGAAUUUGCAACUAGCAACGUCGAAGAUGAGUCAUCCUCACACAGUGGCUCAACCGCCAACCAGAUGGCGACAGUUGCAGUUGAUAGCAGCCAAGAACAAGCACCAGAGUGCAGCAGCACUGCAUGCUCUCCUACGGAGGAUUAUUCAUACAAUCAAAUAUUCAUCAAAGAGGAAGCAGAUGUUGAGCAAGAGGCAGAAGGAAGUUCAGUGGUGUGUGAACCGGACUUGUGGCCUACAAACUGCAGCACAUCUGAAACUACCAAUGUAACAGAAGUGGAUGGAGUGAAUACACAUUCAAAUUCUCCAGUGGAAAAGUAUACUGAGACAUCUGUGGCUGACAAAAAGACCAAGCUCUACAGCUGUGUUGACUGCAACUACAAAACCCCCUGGUUCCAAACUUUGAAGAGACACAUUAAGAAACACACAGGGGAAAAGCCUUUCAGUUGUGAUAUUUGUGACUAUAAAUGUGCUGAUUCAAGUUAUUUUAAGAAACAUCUCAGAAUACAUUCAGGAGAGAAACCUUUCAGCUGCGACUUUUGUGACUUUAAAUGUGUUCAGUCAAGUAAUUUAAAGAAACAUCUCAGAACACAUGCUGGAGAGAAAUCUUUCAGCUGUGAGUUUUGUGACUUUAAAUGUGUUCGGUCAAGUACAUUAGAGAAACAUCUCAGAACACAUACAGGUGAGAAACCUUACAUCUGUGAGUUUUGUGGCUUUACAUGUGUCAAUUCUAGUAAUUUACACAAACAUCUGAAAACGCAUACAGGAGAGAAACCUUACAGCUGCGAUCUUUGUGAAUAUGAAUGUGCUUUUUCAAGUCGAUUGAAAAGACAUAUCAGAACCCAUACAGGAGAGAAACCUUUCAGCUGCAAAUAUUGUGAUUACAAAUGUGCUCAGUCAUCUAAUUUAAAAAGUCAUAUCAGAAAACAUACAGGAGAAACAACUUCAAGUUGAGAAUUCUGUGAGUUCACUAAAUGUUCUCAUUCAAAUUACUUCUUUUAUUUUCAUAGUAAGUAAACUCGUUAUCUGAUAAUUUCUUACAAUAAACUUUAUCAAUCAAGUA